AUCGAUCCUCCUCACUUUUCCUAUUUCCACUCCACCCACGCGGUUCGGGCGCGCUCCAACUCCCAGCUCCACACACUCCAGAUCCAUCGGAGACGGCGCGCCGCAGCUCCUCCGCCGGCGGCAGCCCUCCCUCCCCCACCGCCGCGGCCCGCCUUGAAUCGCCUUUCACCAGCCUCCACUCCUCCGCCGCGCUCCCCGACCACCGGACGCUGUGUGGCCUCCUCUGCCUCCCCGACCACCUCGCAUCUCGGCUGAAUCACAGUAGGUCCCUCGAGUUAAUGUGCACCGUAUAGUGAUUUGUCUCUGUUAAAUUGCUUAUGAGAUCAGUAAACUGCUAUGGAUAUAUGGAGCGCAGCUGAAGAAGCCCAUAUUGUUUCAUACCAGUGAAUGAUCAAUAUUUUGUCUGUUUCAGAUCUUAGUACCCCUAGAGAUGGAAGGAAGAAAGACAGGUUUAUGGUAAACCCUGGUAAAUAUUCGUGGGAGGUCAACAAGUGGCGCCCUGAUUAAGACUGCUACAACACUUUGUGGUUCGUCUCUGAUUAGUGAUGGCGAGAAUGAAGAUCCCAAAGCGUUAUGUCAUAGUAUUGCUGACAUUCAUCUGCACAAACGUUUGUUAUAUUGAGCGUGUGGGUUUCUCGAUCGCCUACACCGUAGCAGCUGAUGCAAUCAAUGUGAAUCAAGCAAACAAGGGCCUGAUACUCUCCAUGUUCUAUUAUGGUUAUGUUCUGUCGCAAAUUCCUGGUGGAUGGGCAGCUCAGAGAUUGGGAGGGAGACGUGUUCUGCUGCUGUCAUUCCUGUUGUGGUCUUUGAUAUGCGGUCUAAUUCCACUGGACCCCAACAGAGCAGCCAUUCUGGUCCUUUCUCGCCUUUUUGUUGGUGUAGCACAAGGUUUCAUAUUUCCUGCCAUUCACACAGUCCUGGCACAAUGGGUGCCACCGCAGGAGCGCUCUCGCUCAGUGUCAUUAACAACCUCAGGGAUGUACCUUGGGGCAGCUUGUGGCAUGUUGUUUUUUCCAAGUCUUGUAAAGCACAUGGGACCCCAAUCUGUAUGUUUGGUUGAAGCAGUACUUGGAGUGGCAUGGUCUGUAAUAUGGUUGAAGUUCUCAAGUGAGCCACCUCGCACCGACCUUCCAAAAGUGGCAAUGCCAAAAGUAGCAUCUCGGGAGAAGAUUAAGGCGCAAUCAGUGGGGGUUGUUGCACCUCGAACUGUAAAGAUACCAUGGCGAAGGAUUAUCUUCAGUCUACCUGUUUGGGCAAUUGUCGUGAACAACUUCACCUUCCACUAUGCCUUGUAUGUUAUCAUGAACUGGCUGCCUACCUACUUCGAACUAGCCCUUAAGCUUAGCCUCCAGGAUAUGGGAUCGUCAAAGAUGCUUCCCUAUUUCAACAUGUUUAUAUUCUCCAACAUUGGUGGAGUGGUUGCUGAUCACUUGAUAACAAAAAGGAUCUUAUCAGUUACCAAGACAAGGAAGCUCCUUAACACCAUUGGGUUUGUUGUCUCAGCUGUUGCACUCAUGGCCCUUCCUUCAUUCGGGACGCCCUCAGGGACUGUGAUCUGUUCGUCGGUAUCCCUUGGUUUUCUUGCUCUAGGAAGAGCAGGGUUUGCUGUGAAUCACAUGGAUGUUGCUCCAAAGUUCGCCGGCAUAGUGAUGGGGGUUUCAAAUACGGCUGGGACAUUGGCCGGGAUAGUUGGCGUUGGCCUCACGGGAAAUAUUCUGGAGGCUGCAAAGGCUUCUAACAUGGAUCUAACCAACUCGGAAACCUGGAAAACAGUCUUCUUUGUUCCAGCAUACCUCUGUAUUUUUAGUUCAGUCAUUUUCUUGGUCUUCUCAACUGGUGAGAAGAUUUUCGAAUAGAGGAUGGUUAAUUUUUUGCCUGUUCUUUUCUUGUCAUUUACGGGCGGCGCGGCGAGGCAGGAUAGGAACACGGGAAUCUCACAUGUAUUUUAUUCAUUAUAUCUGUCAGAUUUCAGAGCUCAGACUGCAUCCCACACAUAUUAUAAGUUAUGUUAUGUUAGGAGGAAUAGCACUUGUUUGUAGUAAA